CAGGGCGGUUUCUGGUUUGGUGGGUCCUUUGUCUCUCAGUGCAGCCGGAGCUCCAGGUCUCCUCUUCACUGUUCUGUGUCCUGUACUGCUAAAGGCCCAGCCUCUGUGGCCCGGUGACCUGCAGGUAUUGUGAGAUCCACAGCUAAGACACCAGGACCCCUGGAAGCCUAGAAAUGGGACCAUUGCAAUUUAGAGAUGUGGCCAUAGAAUUCUCUCUGGAGGAGUGGCAUUGCCUGGACACUGCACAGCGAAAUCUAUAUAGGAAUGUGAUGUUAGAGAACUACAGUAACUUGGUCUUCCUUGGUAUUGUUGUCUCUAAGCCAGACCUGAUCACCCAUCUGGAGCAAGGAACAAAACCUUUGACUAUAAAGAGACACAAGAUGGUAGCCAAGUCCCCAGUUAUGUGUUCGCAUUUUGCCCAAGAGCUUUGGCCAGAGCAGAACAUAAAAGAUUCUUUCCAAAAAAUGAUACCAAGAAGAUAUGAAAAACGUGGACAUGGAAAUGUACAGUUAAUAAAAUGGCGUGAAACUGUGGAUGAUUGUAAGGUGCACACAGGAGGUUAUAAUGGACUUAACCGCUGUUGUACAACGACCCAGAGCAAAAUGUUUCAAUGUGAUAAAUAUGGGAAAGUCUUUCAUAAAUUUUCAAAUUCAAACAGACAUAAGAUAAGACAUACUGAAAAAAAAUCUUUCAACUGCAUAGAAUGUGGCAAAGCUUUUAACCUGUUCUCAACCCUUACUAGACAUAAGAGAAUUCAUACUGGAGAGAAACCCUACAUUUGUGAAGAAUGUGGCAAAGCCUUUAAGUACUCCUCUACCCUUACUACACAUAAGAGAAUUCAUACUGGAGAGAAACCAUACAAGUGUGAUAAAUGUGACAAAGCCUUUAUUGCAUCCUCAACUCUUAGUAAACAUGAGAUCAUUCAUACAGGAAAGAAACUCUACAAAUGUGAAGAAUGUGGCAAAGCCUUCACCCGAUCCUCAAUCCUUACUAGACAUAAGAGAAUUCAUACUGGAGAGAAGCCAUACAAGUGUGAUAAAUGUGGCAAAGCCUUUAUUACAUCCUCAACCCUUAGUAAACAUGAGAUCAUUCAUACGGGAAAGAAACCCUACAAAUGUGAAGAAUGUGGCAAAGCCUUCUUCCAGUCCUCAAUCCUUACUAGACAUAAGAUAAUUCAUACUGGAGAGAAACCGUACAUAUGUGAAGAAUGUGGCAAAGCCUUUAAGUACUCCUCUGCCCUUGCUACACAUAAGAAAAGUCAUACUGAAGAGAAACGCUACAAAUGUGAAGAAUGUGGCAAAACCUUCAAGCAGUCCUCAUACCUUAGUAUACAUAAGAUUAUUCAUACUGGAGAGAAACCCUACAAAUGUGAAGAAUGUGGCAAAGCUUUUAACCAACCCUCAACACUUACUAAACAUAAGAAAAUUCAUACUGGAGAGAAGCCCUAUGUUUGUGAAGAAUGUGGCAAAGCCUUUAAGUACUCCUGUACCCUUACUACACAUAAGAGAAUUCAUACUGGAGAGAAACCAUACAAAUGUAAUAAAUGUGGCAAAGCCUUCAUUUGGUCCUCAGUCCUAACUAGACAUAAGAUAAUUCAUACUGGAGAGAAGCCCUACAAAUGUGAAGAAUGUGGCAAAGCCUUUAAGUACUCCUCUGUCCUUAGUUCACAUAAGAGAAGUCAUACUGGAGAGAAACCCUACAAAUGUGAAGAAUGUGGCAAAGCCUUCAAGUACUACUCAGCCCUUAGUACACAUAAGAAAAUUCAUACUGGAGAGAAACCCUACAAGUGUGAAGAAUGUGGCAAAGCUUUUUACCAGUUUUCAAUCCUUACUACACAUAAGAAAUUUUGUACUGGAAAGAAACCCUACAUAUGUGAAGAAUGUGGCAAAACUUUUCACCUAUCUGCACACCUUACUACACAUAAGAUACUUCAUACUGGAGAGAAACCCUAUAGAUGUAGAGAAUGUGGUGAAGCUUUUAACCAUUCUGCAACCCUUUUUUCACAUAAGAAAAUUCAUUCUGGAGAGAACAAACCAUACAAGUGUGAUAAAUGUGGCAAAGCCUUUAGUAUGUCCUCAAGCCUUAGUAAUCAUAAGAGAAUUCAUACUGGAGAGAAACCCUACAAAUGUAAAGAAUGUGGCAAAGCCUUUAAUGUGUCCUCAAGCCUUAGUAAUCAUAAGAGAAUUCAUACUGGAGAAAAACCCUACAAAUGUGAAGAAUGUGGCAAAGCUUUUAAAAAAAGUGCACACCGUACUACACAUAACAGAAUUCAUACUGGAGAGAAACCCUACAAAUGUGAAGAAUGUGGCAAAGCCUUUAACCGAUCCUCAUCCCUUACUGUACAUAACAGAAUUCAUACUGGAGAAAAACCUUACAAAUGUAAACAAUGUGGCAAAGGUUUUAGCCGAUCCUCAUCCCUUACUAAACAUAAGAUAAUUCAUACUACAGAGAAACCCUACAAAUGUGAAGAAUGUGGCAAAGCCUUUAACAAGUCCUCAAUUCUUAACAUACAUAAGAUGAUUUAUACUAAAGAGAAACCACAAACCUCAAAGAUAGUGAAUCGUUACAAAUGUAAAGAAUGUGGCAAAGCCUUUAGUAUGCCCUCAAGUCUUAAUAAUCAUAAGAGAAUUUAUACUGGAGAGAAACCCUACAAAUGUGAAGAAUGUGGCAAAGCUUAUAACUGGCCUUCAAUCAGUAGUAAACAUAAGAUAAUUCAUACUGGAAAGAAACCCUACAAAUGUGAAGAAUGUAGUAAAGCCUUUAGUGAGUCCUCAAGUCUUAAUAUUCAUAAGAGAGUUCAUACUGGAGAGAAACCCUACAAAUGUGAAGAAUGUGACAAAGCCUUUAGUGAGUCCUCAAGCCUUAAUAAUCAUAAGAGAAUUCAUACUGGAGAGAAACCCUACAAAUGUGAAGAAUGUGGCAAAGCUUUUCAAAUACGUGCACACCUUACUACACAUAACAGAAUUCAUACUGGAGAGAAACCCUACAAAUGUGAAGAAUGUGGCAAAGCCUUUAACCGAUCCUCAUCCCUUACUGGACAUAACAGAAAUCAUACUGGAGAAAAACCUUACAAAUGUAAACAAUGCGGCAAAUGUUUUAGCGAAUCCUCAUCCCUUACUAAACAUAAGAUAAUUCAUACUACAGAGAAACCCUACAAAUGUGAAGAGUGUGGCAAAGCCUUUAACCAAUCCUCAUCCCUUACUGUACAUAACAGAAUUCAUACUGGAGAAAAACCUUACAAAUGUAAACAAUGUGGCAAAGGUUUUAGCCGAUCCUCAUCACUUACUAAACAUAAGAUAAUUCAUACUACAGAGAAACCCUACAAAAGUGAAGAAUGUGGCAAAGCUUUUAAAAUACGUGUACACCUUACUACACAUAACAGAAUUCAUACUGGAGAGAAACCCUACAAAUGUGAAGAAUGUGGCAAAGCCUUUAAACGAUCCUCAUCCCUUACUAUACAUAACAGAAUUCAUACUGGAGAAAAACCUUACAAAUGUAAACAAUGUGGCAAAGGUUUUAUGGAAUCCUCAUCCCUUACUAAACAUAAGAUAAUUCAUACUACAGAGAAACCCUACAAAUGUGAAGAAUGUGGCAAAGCCUUUAACAAGUCCUCAAUUCUUAACAUACAUAAGAUGAUUCAUACUAAAGAGAAACCACAAACCUUAAAGCCUGUAAUCCCAGCACUUUGGGAGGCCGAGACGGGCGGAUCACGAGGUCAGGAGAUCGAGACCAUCCUGGCUAACACGGUGAAACCCCGUCUCUACUAA